CCUUCUUCAUUCACGCGCCCUAGUAGAAUGGAGGCAGAGCUAGAGUUGAAGCGAGUCACGGAACGACGGAAAACUACACCGGAAUAAUCAAUCCUAGAAAAAAGUCAAACCAGGAAAACGCGAUUUAACUGUAGAUGCAGGAUGGCUAAUCAGAACAACUGCCACUAUGAGGAGAAGAUGGCCUUCUUUUACAAGAACCAGUCCAAUGAUGACUGGGAUGGCACAAAACUCAUCAUCGUCCAGUGCUUCGGCUCUGUGUUCUGCAUCUUCAUUCUGGUGUCAAAUGCCAUGGUGAUUGCUGCAGUCAUUACCAACAAGAGGUUCCAUUAUCCCUUUUACUACCUUCUCGCCAACCUGGCCGCCUCAGACUUCUUAGCUGGAAUAGCUUAUGUGUACCUUAUGUUUAACACAGGCAAAGUGUCUAAACAGCUUACUGUGCAGUUGUACUUUUUUCGCCAGGGCUUACUGGACACCAGUCUUUCAGCCUCCUUGGCUAACCUGUUAGUGAUUGCACUGGAGCGCUACAUUUCUGUAAUGAAUUGGAAAGUGCAUAGUAACCUAACCAAAAGGCGAGUGACUUCCCUGAUUGUGUUAGUGUGGGCCAUCUCUAUAUUCAUGGGAGCUGUUCCCAGCCUUGGCUGGAAUUGCAUCUGUAACCUUGAGCUAUGCUCCAAGCUGGCACCAAUAUUCAGCCGGAGCUACCUGAUUUUCUGGUCUGUGUCCAACUUGGUGGUGUUCCUGGUCAUGGUGGCCAUCUACAUGAGGAUUUAUCUCUACGUCAAGAGGAAAACAUCUGUCCUAUCCCCACACACAAGUGGCUCCAUAAACCGCAAGAGGACACCGAUCAAACUGGUCAAGACUGUGAUGACAGUGUUAGGGGCUUUUGUGAUUUGCUGGACCCCAGGACUAGUGGUGCUGCUGCUGGACGGCCUGAACUGCGAGAACUGUCAGCUGCUGGUCUUCAAACGCUGGCUGCUCCUUCUAGCUGUGCUGAACUCUGUCAUGAACCCCAUUAUCUACUCCUACAAGGAUGAGGAGAUGUGGCUGACCCUCAGAAACCUGCUGCGCUGUGUGUGCAACGGCACUCGCAGGCAGAGGUCAUCCAGGGCCAACACCCGGGCGCUGAGCUCCAGAGAGGAGCCCAGCACUAGCCUGCGCCUCUCUGAGGAAAAAAAGGGCUCCGUAAAGGAGAUGGUCAAGGACUGAAGUAUUGCCCUGCUGGCAGCCAGUAUCACAAACACUGCAGCGCCAGUGAAGGAACAUCACCUAGAGUGCCCUUCCUGAUUGCACUGCACCCUGGGUAGAGGACUGUGGGAGGCCUACUGGUCCUUCUUCAUAGUGCUGGAAUUAUGUACUUUUAACCCUGCAAAAGACAAAGACUGAAAAAGAGCAGGAUUCUGCACACCAUGACAUUGCGACUGAAAAACCGGUAAGUACAGGGCAAUUCAAAUUUAAUUUUUUUUCAGUUUGAAAGAUUUUAACACUUAUUGUAAAAUUUGUAUUCACGCUCUAGAGUGUGUCCUCACAUCAUAGUCUCCUGCAAUAUAUUUCACUGAAAAUAAACCAGAUAAAAACAACC